AUGGAAGCAUCUUAUUAUCAAAACCAUCAACCCCCAUAUCAGAAAUCUCCUUGUCUCUCGGAACGCAGGACUGAUAUCUGCCCAGAUAUCGACCGUACUAACGAUUUAGGCUAUAUCAACUCGUCUCCAAGAAUCCGGCCCCUUCAUCAUUCUUUGUCAUAUCCACCGGCGUCUGGAAGGCCAUUGCACGGCCAUGAGUUUCAAGUAGCGCGGGCUCGGAGCCGUCUACAGACUAGAUCGAGUCCGUCUACUACCGGAAUAAUAUCGAGCUCACCUGAGCUUCCCCAAACUACAUUAUCAGUCUCUGCAUCAUCAUCAUCAUCAUCACCAACAACAACAACUUUGAGCUCUUUCCCAUUGCCGUAUAGAUCCCAAUCAGCGACUCAUUACCGCUCACCUUCUUCUGAGUAUCCUCCGGCUACAUUCCUACUGACAUCCCAGGAUUUUCGACCUUAUCAUUCACCCCCAACCCCGACUCUACCGGGAAGGUUCUCUAGUCCUGACGACUCGCGUCCCUCGACUAGUUCUGCUGGUCUCCCUAACUCUUAUGAAUCAGAGUCAAAUCCAAAUACCGGCUCCUUUUCGUCCCCAAACUGGCAACCCAGGGAUUCAAAAUGGCCUCAGUCGCGAUCACAAAGUAGCAGGAAGUACAUCCCGAAGGGCCGCAGAUAUGACUCGCCCAUUAAUCAGCGCCGCAUGGCCCCACGGAAUGGUUUCAUUCAUCCCGCGAAGAAGGGCACCUUGCCAGGUCCUAAUCAGGCUGUUGAAAGAAAAGUCCAGGAUGGCCGGAGGACGAGGGUCGAUGAAUUGGCGACGCGAUGCAAUGAUGACAAGACCCCGACAGAGGGGCCUCGCUUGGUCAACCAUGCGCUACCAGCAAGCCUUGAUAACGGCGAAGAAGAAAGGCCUCCCAGCACUAAAGAAACCUCUAUGAGUGUGUCUCGUUACGUCUCUCCCAAGGAUGAGGAAGACUCCGUCCAAUCAAUCCGAAACUCCCAAUACUGGACACAAUUAAAGCACGACCCUAUAUUCUCGGACCUCUCCACAGGAAGCGAGACUAUAUCCAUCACAGAUCUGAAACAACGACGAAAUCAAAUAUUGCAAACCCAUGCACCAUCUCGUCAAGCCAUCAUGAAGGAGCAGGGUACUCAAACGGAUCCCGAGGAACAAUUGCCAUUUUCGCGGCCCAGGUCUCCCACGAAAAUAACUGCCACUGAACAGACCCGCCCUGAACAGUUCAAUUCCAGACCAAAGAGCGUCCCCCAAUCCCGGAAAAGACCACAUGCAAAGGACAGUAAUCAACAUAAUCGAACCUCUUCCCUCACAGACACUGACAGUCCACGCAUUCACUCACAACAGCUUGAGGGCAGAAGAGGUUUUAAGCGAUCCAGGAGUGUCACGGAGGAAGAUUACGAGGAGAAUGAUUACCCGCAUAGGCGGAAAGUUGGAAGUGGGAUCAGUCAGGAUUCAUUUUAUAGUCGAAGACGUUAG